AUGCCCAAGAAAGGCUGGAAAGAGAAUGUUAAAGGAGAUAAAACCGAGGUGAAAGAUGAGCCACAGAGAAGAUCUGCAAGAUUAUCUCCUAAACGUGCUCCUCCAAAGCCAGAGCCCAAACCUAAAAAGGCCCCUUCAAAGAAGGGAGGGAAGGUACCCAAAGGGAAAAGGGGGAAAGCUGAUGUUGGCAAGGAUGGGAAUAACCCUGCAAAACAGAGAUGA